UCCAGUAGUUCAAGAAGUCUCUCAACAGGACUCUGAUGCGUCUUACUUGUAAUUAAUCAACAAUGUCUUCAGUUGAGCAUUUGAGAGAGUUCAUGAACGAGAGACUAACUGCUGCUGCUGAAGAAAUAUUCAGAGUUUUUCACAAAACUAUCAUCGAGUAUGAAGAAGAGAUAGACCGUCAGCGCAGACUGCUGGAUAUCAUUAAGAAACCGGAAAUAAAGCUACACAGGACAGAGCUCCCACAGCAACAUGUCUGUAGGAAGGAAAAUCUCACUGACAAGCAGCUCUGCAACCAGGAGAGGAACUCCAGUUUGGACCAAGAGGACCCAGAGCCUCCACAGAUUAAAGAGGAGCAGGAGGAACUCUGCACCAGUCUGGAAGGAGAACAGCUGGUGGUGAAGCAGGAGACUGAAACCUUUAUAUCGUCUGCUACUUGUGAGGAAAGUGACAACAGUGAAGAUCAGACUCUGGACUUGAUGAUUGAGGAUGUUGUCAGCGUGUCAGUUAAAAGGUCUGAGGUACCAGAAACAAACAGUGAUGACCAGCUCCUCUCUCAUAACUCUCAUGUAGCUGAGAGCCAAGAUCUCAAAGGAGGCAAACAAGGAGACUCAGGAUCUACUAGAAAUACAGAGACAAAACCACAGAAGAGACAUUAUAAAACUAAAAGUCACGGUGACAAUGUACGUAGCCCUACCACAUCAAAGAUUCAGCUGGAUACUGGAACAGGUAAAACGGUUUUGAAGUGUGGCCAUUGUGGAAAAUCUUUUAAGUAUCUUUCUCACUUGAAAGUACACCACAGAGUCCACACAGGUGAGAGGCCGUACACAUGUGACACUUGUGGGAAAAAAUUCUCACAGGUAGGCAUAUUAAAAGAGCAUAUGAUAGUCCACACAGGUGAGAAGCCGUACCCAUGUGACACUUGUGGGAAAAGAUUUACUCAAGUGGCAAAAGUGAAAAGGCAUAUGAGAAUGCAUACAGGGGACAAGCCAUACCCAUGUAACACUUGUGAGAAAAAAUUUACCCAGCUGAGUGCUUUAAAACAGCAUAUGAGAAUCCACACAGGUGAGAAGCCGUACCCGUGUGACACUUGUGAGAAAAGAUUUUCUCAUCUGUCUGUAUUAAGACAGCAUAUGAGAACUCACACCGGUGAGAAGCCGUACCUAUGUAACACUUGUGGGAAACAAUUCUCUCGGCCGGAUGCAUUAAAAUCACAUAUGAGAAUCCACACGGGCGAGAAGCCAUAUUCAUGUGACACUUGUGGGAAAAAAUUUGCUGAGCUGUUCACAUUAAAAGUACAUAAGAGAGUCCAUACAGGUGAGAAGCCAUACCCAUGUGACAAUUGUGGGAAACAAUUCGCUGAGCUGGGCACAUUAAAAAAUCAUAUGAGAAUCCAUACAGGUGAGAAGCCAUACUCAUGUAACACUUGUGGGAAAGGAUUCUCUCAGCAGACCACAUUAAACAUGCAUAUGAGAGUCCACACACGUUAGAAGCUGAACAAUUGCAAAACUUGUGCAAGAGAUUUUAUACGCAGACAUCAAUUCAAGAUCAACAUGAGAAUG